CAAUUGCAGUGCGCACACACUUCCUGAUGGAGCUGCUCCUGCGAAGAAUAAAAAUACACUCCUAGCAAGCCAAGCUAGACGAGUUGUGAAAAAAAAAAAAAAGUUAUGUCUGGCUGUCAAGUGGAUAGAGAAAGACUAUUUCUAAAAAUGGACGAUGUCCCUCGGUUUUCUGUCCAUUAAUAGCAGAAAACGUCCCCCAUGUCCAGAGAGCCACCGGCGCUGGCGACAAGACAACUGCGAAAGGGUUGGAUUGUUGGAGCUAACUAAGUCCCGGUAGCUAGCUAGCGUUAGCAACCAGGCUAGCCAGCUAACGCAAACUGGCUAGCCAAUAUACUUAAGCUGCUCGCUGACGUUAGCUAGGAAUGUCUCUGACGUUACCGUCCGCCGAUAUACUUGAAACACCUCCUGGAUAUCCAUUCGAAGAAAUCAACUAUGAGGAUAUUGAAGUCGAGGAGGUGGUGGGGAGAGGAGCUUUUGGAGUUGUUUGCAAAGCCAAAUGGAAAGGCAACGAUGUGGCAAUCAAGACCAUUGAGAGUGAAUCGGAGAGGAAAGCCUUUAUUGUCGAGCUCCGGCAGCUCUCCCGCGUGAACCACCCCAACAUUGUGAAGUUGUACGGCUCUUGCAAUAAUCCAGUCUGCCUUGUGAUGGAAUAUGCCGAGGGCGGGUCACUGUACAAUGUGCUGCAUGGUGCUGAACCCCUCCCCUAUUACACUGCUUCCCAUGCCAUGAGCUGGUGUUUUCAGUGUUCCCAGGGCGUGGCCUAUCUCCAUGGCAUGAAACCAAAGGCUCUCAUUCACAGGGACCUCAAGCCACCCAAUCUUCUUCUCGUGGCAGGCGGCACUGUGCUGAAGAUAUGUGACUUUGGAACAGCGUGCGACAUUCAGACCCACAUGACCAACAACAAAGGAAGUGCAGCAUGGAUGGCCCCAGAGGUAUUUGAAGGAAGCAAUUACAGCGAGAAGUGCGACGUGUUCAGCUGGGGGAUCAUUCUCUGGGAGGUGAUCACUCGAAGGAAGCCCUUUGAUGAGAUCGGAGGACCAGCCUUUCGCAUUAUGUGGGCUGUGCACAACGGCACAAGACCUCCUUUAAUCAAAAACUUGCCCAAGCCCAUUGAGAGUCUGAUGACUCGCUGCUGGUCUAAAGACCCGUCUCAGCGACCUUCCACAGAGGAGAUUGUAAAGAUCAUGACUCAUCUAAUGAAGUACUUCCCAGGAUAUGAUGAACCCCUGCAAUAUCCAUACCAGUAUUCAGAUGAUGGACAGAGCAACUCUGCAACUAGCACAGGUUCGUAUGUGGACUACACGAGCACAAGCAGCAAAAGUGACGCAAACAUGGAGCACAGUGACUCUCAAGGGAGCAACGACACAAUCAAGAUCCCGCCUCAGUUCGCUCCCUACUUCAAGCCCAAGGCAGACCCAUUGAGGACUCUGACUCUGUCCAGGGGGGGUAGCGUCGAGAGUCUGCCCGCACGAUCGCAGUGCCUGGCGUCGUCGGAGAGCAAAAGAAUGAGUGCCGACUUGUCGGAGCUGGAGCCCAAGAUGCCAUUCACGCCCGCAGCACGUCCCCAGUUUAAACGAGGCCACCGUAAAACAGCGUCGUACGGCACCAUUCUGGAUGUCCCCAAGAUCGUCGUCACAGCCACAUGCGACCCUCAGAGACGUCGGUCCGUGCAGGACCUGCCUGGCAUCUGCACAGAGUCCAGCCAGGGGAGCAGGAGCAGCAGCCGGUCCUCCAGUCCGAGCCUGAGGAUGAUGCCCGAUAAGACGAGCAGCAGAGGUUACUUCUCCCCCGACGACCCCACAGACACUAACGGCUCGGACAACUCCAUUCCCAUGGCUUAUCUCACCCUGGAUCACCAGCUGCAGCCUCUCGCUCCCUGUCCCAACUCCAAAGAGUCCAUGGCCGUGUUUGAGCAGCACUGCAAGAUGGCCCAAGAAUACCUGAAGGUGCAGACGGAGAUCGCCCUGCUGAUCCAGAGAAAGAAGGAGCUCAUCGCCGAACUGGACCAAGACGAGAAGGACCAGCAGAACACGUCCCGUCUGGUGCAGGAGCACAAAAAGCUGCUGGAGGAGAACAAGAGUCUGUCCACGUACUACCAGAAGUGCAAAAAGCAGUUAGACCUGAUCCGGGUCCAGCAACAGAAGAGACAGGGCACGUCGUGAUGAGACGGAGACAUCUGCUGAACUGCUACCAAUCCGCCCCCACCCCCCCUCCCCCUUUAGUUCUUUACGGCGGGCCGACGAGUGCGGGGUCGUGUGUUUCUACAUGCUUGCUCUCAGGGCCCUCUAGGCUGCCGGGCCACACCCUCCUUUCAGAAUGUGAAAAGGUUUUCUUUUUCUUUUUCUGAAAAAAAACAAGCAAACAAAGUCAAUCAUAUGCAAGAAUCUUUCGAGAUCGAUGAGGACGUUCAGAACCUGCUCUACAGCGCGUGUGCGUGGAAUCCCUGUUAUGCAAACACACACACACACACACGCCCUUAAAUCAACGUAUUGAUUUACGUCUCCCCUUUUCUAUAAUUGUGAGCAUGAGCCCGUGUCGGACGCUGCAGACAAGGGAAUAGCUUGAGGGAAGGGGAUUUGGGGGGGGGGGGGGUUUGAAACCUGGAUGCAGCGUUAAUCUGCUCCUCAUGCUCUUCAAACUAAACACACACCAAGCUUCCCGACACACACGGGGAGCUGCGGACUCCUUCCCCUUUUUAUUUGGACUUCCGUAUUGUUUUUUUUUGCGUGUCGAUGUUUCUUUUCUUUUUCUUUUGUCUUUUCUAUUCGGUAGUUCACUUUGUACGAUAGCUCUUGUGUCAUUUCUGUUUUAUCUGGUCUGGGAAUGCCCUUGCGGACAAAAAUAGAGGGGCCUAUACCUCCCUAUACAGUAUCGAGUUUGUUUUUAGUUCACAUGUUGCCUUAGAAGUUGCCUGCAUUUUAAGUGCUUGUUUUAUGUGACAUUUAUUGGGGAUGAAACAAAAAAUCUAUUUUUAAUGUAAUGAUAAGUGAAUGGAAUUCUCCCCGGAGGUGAGCGAGAAGGAUCUCAAUACGCUGAUCAUGUAAAUGUCUCCCAGCAGCUUUACAUCCAAAAUGUACUCUAAAAGAAAAAAAAGGAAUGUGAUUUAGUUUUGUUUCAUAACCCUCAAGUACUUUUGCACAAUCACUUUUGUUUUGUCUGGUCAUGUACAAAUGUUAUCUCUCAUUUAAGCAAUUCUGAUUUUAAAAGGGCAAGACUUGACGAGUCUUACUUUUUAAAGUUCCUGUACAGGAGUGACUUCACCGGAUCUCCCUCGUGAGGUUUAAUUUACCACGCGCACAGCACACUGGUCACGGAGUCAGUGGGAGCCGAGCUACAGUAUACGACAGUGAGCAAGGCAUUAUGAAAUAAACUGAAUGCACCGUU